ACUGUUUUCAUAUAUAAACGUUACAUAUGAUUUUUUUUUAAAUAUUGAUGCGUAUAAAUAAUUUUGCAUUUAUUUAAUUCUUUUUUAAUAAUUGUUUUCAAUAGUGGUGCGAACAAUUUCUAUAAUUUUAAGCAUAUUAAAUUGAACUUUACACAACUAGGUGCCUCUACUGUUUGAAAUGUUAUAUUUAUGUAAAAAUGUGAGGUUAUAUUUCCGUCUAUAUAAUUUAUUUAAAUAAACGAAAAUGAAUUGCUCUCGAUAUACAAUUAGCCAUAGAAAUUUCUUUUGGAAACGAAAAAAAUCUAAUUUCGGUAGAUAUAACAUUGUAAUGCCGGGAACUGUAUCUCCGAGAUUAACCGUACCAGAUCAUAUUAAAAAACCUAAUUAUUUUGCAUCUGGUAUACCCGAUAAAACAAACCUACCGCUUGAACCAGAAUUAAAAAAUUCCCUUCAAUUAUUAGGAAUGAGAGAUUCCUGUAAAUUAGCAGCAAGUAUUUUGAAUAAAGUAGAAAAAAUCAUCAAGGUUGGUUUGAAAACUGAUGAAAUUGAUCAGUUUGUAUUCAAUUCUUGUAUUGAAAACGAUUCUUAUCCAUCACCAUUAAAUUAUAACCAUUUCCCCAAGUCAGUUUGUACAUCUGUGAAUAACGUAGCUUGUCAUGGUAUUCCAGAUGAUAGACCUCUAGAAGACGGAGAUAUUAUUAAUGUUGAUGUUACAGUGUUUUAUAGAGGUUACCACGGAGAUUGUUCAAAGACGUUUUUAGUCGGUAACGUUGAUAAUGAAGGACAGCAACUCGUAGAAGCUACAGAAGCGUGUUUAAAUGAGGCUAUUAAUAUAUGCAAACCUGGAGUUUAUUUUCGUGAUAUCGGAUUUUGUAUUGAAGAAACAGCUCAAAACUUUGGAUUUCAAGUUAUACCUUCAUUCAUAGGGCACGGAAUUGGUUAUUAUUUUCAUGGUCCACCAGAUAUUUAUCAUAUUAGAAAUAAUUAUCCUGGUAAAAUGGAACCGGGUAUGACUUUUACAAUUGAACCUAUUUUGACACAAGGUGAUGAAUUAAUAGAGAUUUUAGAUGACAAUUGGACUGCUGUUACUGUAGAUAAUGCUCGAACUGCUCAAUUUGAGCACACUGUAGCUAUCACGGAAAAUGGAGUUGAUAUUUUAACGCUAUGACAUGAAAAGUGGUCUAGUUUUGGUUACAAACAAUCCGGAGAGUAUCUAAUAAUGUGUUGUUAUUAAUUGUAAGUACGAAUGUAGUUAUUUCAAUAUCAUACUAAUUAUUACAGUAUAACCUGGUACUCUUAUACACAAUUUCAUAUUACAAGAUUUUGAUCCCCCUUAAAACACAGACACAAACACAUUAUAUUGUUGUACUAUAAAAUAUAUGAUUUGUACAGCUCAUAAUUAUUUUUGCAUGUGUGUGUAAAUUAUUUCACGAAGUUUGUAAAAAGGUGUAAAAAUUCAAUUCAAAUUAAAAUAUUUAAUUAAAGCCAUUACUAUAUAUCAAAUAACUUGUGUACUUUUUAUUUAAUGAAAUAAUUUGUUUUAUAACAAUUUUAGGUUCAAUAUUAUAACUAUUAGGGUCAAAAUUUGGAAAUAUAAUUUUUUUUUAGUUGUUUUAGUUUCAUAUUGAAGAACCCUCGAAUAAAAAUUAAUUUUUCCAUUUUUAAGACAUGAAUGGUAUCAAUCAAGCCAAUAAAUAAACAAAACCAAUGCUAUCGAAGGAAUAGAAAAAGAGAAAUUAAUAAAUGAAUCAAAUAGUACUUAUAUGAAUGAUAUAACGAACGAUAGUAAUUAUUUGGAAAGCGACUAAACAAUUAAAAAUUAUGAUAGGAGCUGGGCAAAAAUACAAAAAGUAAAGAUUAAAAUUAUAGUGUAGAUACCAUAUUGUUAGGCUUUUUUAUUUCCAAAACGCACUACAUCUCAAUUUUGUCCCAAAAUAAACCAAAAUUAAAUAUUUUUCAAAUAAUAUGAUUGUUGAAUUUUUUCUGGUAGUACUUUUUGUUUCGUUUUCGGUAAGUGGUAAUCAAUGGGAAAUAAAUAAAACUUUCCGGAUA